CAGGACGCAGAGCUCCGCCUCGGAUGCUGCUGCUGCUGUUUAUCUGAUUACCGCGAUAUGAGAGCUGCGUCUCCUUAAAGCGACACUCCGCUUUAAUUAAUGAGACUACCGGGGAGAGGAGGAGAGACACGCCGAGGAUGCAGAUGAAGAGACGGAGCAGCGCCCGCCGGUCGCCUCCAUCUUCUCGCUGCAGGAGGACGCCGCGUGUCGCCGCUUCGUUUCACCGCCCUGGGGUGAUGAUGCCGGCUGUAAUGUGACCCUGCAUGCCUGCAGAAAAGCCUCCAAGACCCCCCUCCUCCCUCCUCUGCUCUCCAUCCUGCGAUACACGGACAGUGGAUGCGUCACAGCCGCUCAUCCUGCGUCGUUUCUUCCGCAGACGCGUCGUAGCCUCCUUGCCUCAUGUGUAGGUUAUGAAAUCGGCUGUAAAAACGCGGCUGUCCGCUCCUGACUCCUGCUGCACACACGGACUCUGUAGGCUUCAUGGCUUCUGUUAAUAGCGUCAAUAAUCCCGCGGAUUGCGCGUCCUUGUUCGCCUGCCAGGCCUUUAACGUUUCUGCUCUCCUGUACGCCGCCCAUGCGUUGCCGCUGCCGCGCCGCGCCACCUCCUUCCAUGGACUCUGAGAUCUAACGCGCGCCGCCUCCGCGUCUACGCCCUCGCCCUGCCGCUGAUGCGGUGCACCUGGGUGCUCGCUGUCUCCUCGUCCUGGUCCUGGCCGGUCAGUGAUCCUCCGGUCCGGGGGGGCUGGUGUCCGCAGAGAGGCAGGAUGGUGCGGAUCGCCAGCGCGCUGGGGCUGGUCAUGUUCAGCGUGGCGCUGCUCAUCCUGUCGCUCAUCAGCUACGUGUCCAUCAAGAAGGACUUUCUGCUCAGCACCCCCAGAUACGGACCCAAUGGAGGACCCAGGAUGUCCAUGUUCCAUGCGGGGUUUCGCUCCCAGCUGGCGUUGAAGUAUCUGGAUCCAGCUUUCACUCCUCUGACCAACUCUCUCAGCGAGGAUCUGCAGAACUCCUCGAAAUGGACCUACAACCAUACUGCUUUUAUACAACUGAAAAAAGAGAUCUCUCAAUACAUCGACAUCCCCCACAACUUCACGCUGACAAGAGACUCAGUCCGAAUCGGACAGCUGAUGCAUUACGACUACUCCAGCCACAAGUACGUCUUCUCCAUUGGCGAGAACUUCCGUUCGCUCCUCCCUGAGAUCUCGCCGAUCCUCAACAAGCACUAUAAUGUCUGUGCUGUGGUCGGCAACAGCGGCAUCCUCACUGGCUCGCGCUGUGGCCCCCAGAUUGAGAAGUUUGACUUCGUCUUCCGCUGCAACUUUGCGCCAACUGAGAUCUUUAAGAAGGACGUUGGGCGGCGGACCAACAUGACGACCUUUAACCCCAGUAUCCUGGAGAAGUACUACAAUAAUUUACUGACUGUGCAGGACAGGAACAAUUUCUUCCUGAGCCUGAAGAAGCUCGACGGAGCCAUCCUGUGGAUCCCGGCAUUUUUCUUCCACACGUCAGCCACGGUGACGAGGACACUGGUCGACUUUUUCGUGGAGCAUCGAGGUCAGCUGAAGGUCCAGCUGGCCUGGCCCGGAAACAUCAUGCAGUAUGUGAACAGCUACUGGAAAACCAAGCAGCUGUCGCCAAAGCGCCUGAGUACCGGCAUCCUGAUGUACACGCUGGCGUCCGCCAUGUGCGACCAGAUCCACCUGUACGGCUUUUGGCCCUUCGGCUGGGACCCCAACACGGGAAAGGAGCUGCCGUACCAUUACUACGACAAGAAGGGCACGAAGUUCACCACCAAGUGGCAGGAGUCCCAUCAGCUGCCUGCCGAGUUCAAACUCCUCUACAAGAUGCACACGGAGGGCCUGUUGAAGCUCUCACUCUCCCACUGUGCGCAGGGCUAAAAGUGCGCAGGUACAGCGCUCCUUCAGACUCCAGCGCUUCCACAGGCCAGAGUAGUCGGAAUGAUGAGGCAGACAGGAGGAUUUGUGUGGUUUUGCCAAAAUCAAAAUCUUGGCUCUGAGGCCGAGUUGGUGAAAUGGGCUCUGGAACUGGUUUUAGCCCCAAAAAGCCCCGUUUGACAAACUGUUUGUACAGUUCAAGAAACAAGUAAUAUCAUUUUCUACUGCUUAAGAGCUGAAAGACGAAAAGGACGACAGUUUAGGAAAAGUUGGCUGCAGCUGGACUUUUAGGCAGCGUUGCUCUUCAGCAGAAUAUCACAACCUUGAACUGCUUCAUGGUGUUUUUAUCGCUUAUCACUGUUAGGACUAAAGCUACAGAUCAGCAACAUUAAAACCAACAUUAGCACUGCGUUAAAGAAGGCAGAUCUCUCAUUCAUUCACAGUCUGGGUCCUGACAACGGGCGCCAUGGCAAAAUAGAGCCUGGCUCAAUAUUUUCUGCAAUUUAGGCCUUGGCUACACGUACAUGGCUAUUUUUGAAAAUGGGCUUUUCUCAAAAAGAAAAUUUCCAUCCACACAAUCACUGUUACAAAAAAUUUGCGUGUCAGAUGCCGCCGCUAGCACACAGUGGACACGUCACUGUGCAGCUCAUAAACAGACGACCACACACAGUCAUUACAGCUUUUACAGAACGAUCUGUACUUCCUCCACCUCUGCAUUAGCAUAAAAUCAUUUCUUUCCCGAAGAGCCAAUCUCCAGAGCUUUGUCUCAGCGAGCGAUAUCUUUUUGGCCAUUGUCUUCAUAAUGACAGGCUUGUGGGUCGUUCAGCUCAAUAUAUUUUUCGACCUCAUCCAUUCUUCGUCACACACCAGACACAGCAACAGAGUUCUCUAUGCAUCCUUUGGCAGGAGUCGAGCUGCCAUAGGAGCAGAGAAAAAGAGCGGGAGUUUGUAUGUACAAGCAGAGAGCAAGUGGGGGGAAAUGCAUUUAAUUCUGGGGGUCGUGAGGCUGGAAAUACGACAGUGGCAUAAAGGGCUAUGGGGCAGCAUGUCCAGGAGCGCCAACGGCAAUGUAGGGUUGUACAUUGAAAAUAACAGGGGUGUAUUUUUUUACAUGGCGUUCGCCGCCAGUGUGUUUUGGCCUGUAGUGUUCAAUCUCUUACUCUUGUGAUCAGAAAUGAUCUUAAGCUCAAUUCCGAAAUUGUUCUGUAAAUAGUUUCCUCAUAUAUAAUAAUUUAAGCAACUUCUGAUCUAUAUCUGAUCCAUCUCAAUUUUAGGUUAAAAAUAAAAACUUGCGGUUAGGCCACGGAUACAGAUUAUUUAGUUGAUAGAACAGAUGCAGAUAAUGGUGCACUCACUCCCAAAAUAUUGUUCCUUUAAAUUGCAAAAAUGGAUAAAUAUGAAUUCGUAGUAUACAGUUAAUGUUACAUAUCUUAGCCUAAAUGCAUAGAAACAUCUAUGUUUCUAAAAAUACCUGCAUACGUAUGGAGUAGGCCUCAAUUGAUCGUUUAACUGUAGAGCAAAUGAUUGACCUUUCUCAUUCUUUCUCUGAUAAGCCUUCAAUUCAUAAAUCAGUUACUCAACACACCUGGAUUGUAUUUCAGUGUCUCACUAGUACCAGAAGCAACAUGCGACCACUUACACAGGCCUUUGCCGUUUUUUCACGCAGUGCUGCAUUUGGUCUCAACGCCCUGUACGUAAGACAGCAAUGUGGUAAUUCAUAGUUUGACUAUAGCAUCAGAGUGAAAAGGAUUAGCUUCAACAGCUAACAUCAUCUAUUGGCUUACAAAUGAUUGUUGAGCAGCUGAACAGGACAGGACCCGUGUUUGCUCCAUUUGCAAUGAAGUACCAUACCUAACCACAGAUUAGUCAAAUGCACAGUAAUUCCCCAAAGCAUCCCAUUUACACAUCCAGCAGUUAUGGAGCAACAUUAUCAUCGUUUAAGCUGUUUUUGUGUCCAACUGAUGAAUGUAAACCCAAUAUUCACUCUCUUUUUGCUCUGUUUUUGGUCUCCACCAACUCCUGACAGAAAUAUUUGGCUGUUUAGCUGCUAAAUAUUUCACUUUCUUCACCAGCAAGUUGUUUACUUUGUCUGAAAAGCACAGAGAGACACAUUUGAAUAUUGUGGAUAAAGGUGGGGCCAUUUCCUGACAUACGGCAACAAAUCUAAGGAGUUACAACAGAGGCACCAUGAAUGAACGUUAGUUGUAAUGUAGAGCAGGUUCAGGCUGUGGGUUGUGUAUAAUUGAGCUAAUGACAUGUUGGUUUAUUUUAAAAGUGACGGCCCUACUUUGUAAGGUUUCUAAUGUUAGCUAGCUGGUUGUGUAGCCAGCACUUUGCAACUUAUCAGGAAGAUGCACUUUCGGCCAGUAUGCUGCCAUUUCUUUCUUCUAAGUUGUGGUCAUUUUUUGGUUUGCCCUAUCACUUUUUUGUGUGUUUUAAAGAAAAAUAGAGCUAGAUAAUUGGUGAUAUAUGUUAGAAAAUAGCCUCAUAGUCCCAGAGUCUUAUAAAUCACCCACCACUUUAGCCAGGUGGCUCCAUUCAGUUUUUUUUUAUAAUCUACUAAUGCUAGAGCGCAGUAAAUAAAGGGUCACUUCCCUACAGAGAUAGACCUUCAUGUUAAAGAGUAAGAUCCUUUUUGUUUAACCAGAAACAGCCCCAGAAUCGCAAGCACCAAACCCACCAGACUACAUUUAAAUAAGCAGUAAUUUUAGCAUGUAUAGAGGCAGCAUGUUUUCACAUCUAACCAUGUGAAUUAAGGGUUUAUUUCAAGUAGGGUUGCAGCGAUAUACCGGUUUAAAGGUAUACCAUGAUAUAAAAGUUGACGGUUAGCAGACCAUUUGCUUAUUUACGAUAUUGAAAAAACUAAUGCAACUGGACGUUGAAUCUCCCCUUUAUUUUAUUCUUUUUCAAAGGGGCAACAUUUUACACAAACUUCCAUUAACAAAACAGUUUCAAGUUUUUAAUUACAGUGAUAAAACGUUUGUUCAACAAACAAUAACCCUCCAGUUUUCAUUCCUUUUAAGGGUCAAUCUGACGUACAAUAAUGUAGAUUCUUCCGUGAUACCGUGAAACCGCAAUAAUUUCUGAGACGGUUAUCGUACGAUGAAAAUUUCAUACCUUUGCAACCCUGUUUUUCUAGAGUUGGUGGUUGUUGGAACAGUGCGAAGACAAACCAAGAUGGUUUUUUCGUUUUUUUUUUUGGUUCUGUCAAGUACUUAAUGCAAAGUUACGCAGGUUAGCUUUUUACGGAAAAAAAACAAACAUAGUUGGGCGUUUUGACAUUACGUACUUAACGUAAAGUUAGCACACUCAAUGUAACAUGAGACAUUGUAUCUUCGAAUAACUCAGAGUUCACUUGGUUUUACAUGAGACACAAACACCAGUGUCCUGGGAGAAAGUCCUGUAUUUGUUAACCCAUCCACCUCCCAAAUCUGCCUCCUCACAUGGACUUCGCUCUUUAUACUACUUUCUUAUUUACUCCCAACAGCACAUUGGUCACGUAAUCAGAACCUUUAUGAUUACGUGGGCUAUAUAUGAAAUCUGGUGCAUUACUUUUCAUAGGUAUGAACACUGCAUGAGAACAGCCCGACACGGGCAAGUGGUGUGGUAGUUAACCACGCAGUUCUUUAACAAGGCAAUUAUAAUUAACAUGAUGAUUAUUAACAUUAAGGGGGUCAGAGGUCAGGUGCAUCAGCCCUGAAGCAGGUAGAGGUUCAUUUUGUUGUUUAACAGGAGCAGGAAUGCUCAUAGACACAAGGUUUUCAGGCGUAUCAAAUCUGAAUUAUCAUAUUUUACAAGUGCUUUCUUUUCAUGUACUUUCAUAUUUGGUGCCGUGUGUUAAUAAGACAAUGAAAACGAGAGAAACUGGGACUAUUUUUGUAAUCUGCAGCUGAAUAUCAGCUGUUUCACCUCUUGUUUGUCAGUUUCAUUCCAAAAUGAGACAUCUAUGACUUGAAACGUGACAUUUUCAGGACUUUGACAAAAAGAUUGUUGGCAUGAAGGUUAAACUCAAUAUUUCAUAUUACAGGUAAUAAUGUUAUUUUUGGACUCGAGCACAUUAUAAACUCCUUAACAGGAUGUAAAUGCGUUUUAUUUUUGUCUUCUUUUGUCGUCUUUUAUUUUUGUAAUAUAAAAUAUCAGUCUGUAUCAGGUAACAUUUUUCCAGAAUGUAUUUUUUGCAUUUUGAAUGAUAGUAAUGAGGCUGGCUCCAUCCAUAUCGACAUGUCUGUAGAGAUCACUCUAUCAAGGGUAAUAUAUACUAAAACCAUAUUUAGGUAUCAUACACAGUAUGCUGUAGAUUAACAGAUAUGUUUUAUUCAUCCAAUACUUGAAAGGAAAAUAUAUCUACUCUGUAUUUAUUUAAUCAUUUAGUCAUUAAA